AUAGUGUCGCCCCCUGUCAGAUCUCUGUGUCAUCGUACAUGUAUGUUUUGUAGUUGUUUAGCUAGAUGGCGCACCCCCCUUCUGUCAUGUGACAAGCUUGGACCAAUCGGGAGGUGUCAUUUAGCGUGUGAAGCCUUUAUAAGUAAUAAACAGCCGUGGGUCGGCUGGAGUCUUCGUUCCGGUUUUCAUCGGGAGCAGUUAGCUCCGUGUCUCCUUGACUGCGCCGGCGCUAGCCGCGCGUUCGCCCGUCGGGGCCCCCCGCUUGCCUGCCGCUGCCGACACAACAUCUUUUGGCGACGAGGAUGGGAUUCCCGCAGCGGUUCCGACCGAAGCCCCGGGAAACCAACGAGCUUCGCCCACCUCGAAGCGGCCGGCGGUGGCGACUGGACGGACGCGCGACGAGCGUCCGCGCUCGUCAGCGCUCUCGGGCGUGAGGGACAACGGAAGUACUUUGCAGACGAGGAGCAGGAAGCAGCAAGGCAGUCGACCGGCGCAGCGUCAACAUCAAGUGAUGCGGUCCCGCCAGCGUCAGAGUUUCCGAGACUCUUGGAGCGGCUUGACCGGCUGUUCGCCGCGUCAACAAAUGUCCUGGCGGAACGGCACGAAUUCACCAGUCGAAAACAGUUCGAGGGAGAAGGAUUCCUGGAAUUCGUGACCGCAUUGAAGGAGAAGGCGGUACAGUGCAACUUCGGCACAACCUAUGGCGAGCGCGUCCGAGACCAAAUCAUACAUGGGGUAGCGAACGUCAGCGUUCGCGAAAAGUUGCUGGCUCAUGGCGAAACCCUGACCCUGGACAAGGCAGAAGAAAUUGGACGCUCGUUAGAAGCCCUGCAUCGAGCGAACCGCGCGUUCGACUCGGAGAAAAUACAAAGAAUCGAGGCAGCUCAACUUGGCGCUCCGUCGACGAGCCAAGAUGGCCGACGGAGUCCGGGAGGCCAUGACGAUGGCCGACUUCUUUCGGGGAGCCGCCAAGAUGGCCGACGUAGUGCGGGAGGCCAUGAAGAUGGCAGACUUCUUCCGAGGAGCCGCCAAGAUGGCCGACGUCUUCCAAGAGGCCGCCCAGAUGAUCGACAUUUUCCGCGAGGCUCCUCCGGGACCCGCAAUGAAGCACAGGAUGCGAAGAACCCUAAUUUCGAGCAUAGUUCAUGCGACCGGUGUGGCAGCACGAAGCAUAUUGCAACGUACAGGAAUUGCCCCGCAAGGAACCGGUGGUGCAACGCCUGCCACACGUUGGGCCAUUUUGCAUCAGUAUGCCGAAAAACCCGUACUGUCCAGCACGUCUCUUCCGCAGAGACGCGGUCUUCAACUUCCGCAGGACAGCCGUCCGCGUCUGUCUUGACGGUGAGCACCUUGGAAGCUAAAAGGGAUUUACAAGUCCCGGUCGUAGUGAACGGCGUCUCCAUGCGACUGCCGGUGGAUACGGGAGCGUCUGUCUCAUUGAUGACGGCCGAAGAUUUUGGAAAGCACUUUGGUCGACAGCACAGACUGUCACAAACAACAGUGGACUUGAAAAAUUUCUCCAAGCAACGCAUCGACAUUCAAGGCCUGUUUCAAGCCACUGUCCAGUUUUCCAAAGGUCAUGCUCCGUCACGUUCCACGUAACGACUACAGGAACAUCACUGCUGGGUUUAGACGCCAUCCAACGCUUGGGCAUACAGAUCGACGGUACGUCGCUGACAUGUCGUCUACCAUCACUUCCUUCAGUACAGAGCCCCACAGGUGUGCCUCCGGGUUAUGAUCACCUUUCCAGUGACGAGUUGGGUCUCGUCAACAACUUUGUGCACCGAAUUCAUCGGCAGCAAGAUGCGAAACCAGUAUCUUCAAAGUUGCGCCGACUACCCCUGGCUCUCCGUGACCAGGUCACACAUGAAUUGCGACGUCUCGAGGACUGCGACGUCAUCGAGCGCGUCGAGGCUACUGAGUGGGUGUCUCCACUCGUGGUGGUACGCAAGAAGGAUGGAACCAUGCGGCUCUGUGUAGAUCUACGGGAACAGGACAGUCUUGUGUCUCAAGUUCAAGAAAGGGUUUUGCAGAAACAGUCGCAGACUAAACAGUACGUAGACAAACGUAGAGGUGCUCAGGCAACUCGUAUCAAGGUGGGAGACACCGUCAGAAUAAGAUUUAACAGGAAAGGAAUUUUUAAGUACAGUAAACCUCGUACAGUUAAGGCCCAGGUAGGACCAUCCUCUUUUGUACUCAGUGAUGGGAAGACGUGGAAUGCGUCUAAGUUAACCACAGUAGUAGAUAAUUCAAAACAUAGUACAUUGUCCACAACGGAUAAAGAUAGUCAUUCCAACUGGAUAGUCAUUCCGAUGACUCGUCUGGCGUGACAUCGUCCUUUCAUAGGCAUCAGUUAAGUAGUGCGUCUGACUGUAUCACUUCCGAGUCUGCACAGUCAGCAGUCGUCGCUGAUUCCGUUGGUGAAUUGGUAGCCUCCCAGGACAUGUUGGGACGUCGAGAGGAGCUUCCUGGGCAACCCUCUCCAGCUUUGAGCGACAACCACAUUCAGUUUUCCAACCAGGGGGAGGUAAAUAAUAGUGGGACGACUGGGUCUUUAAAGUCGACCGAUACGCGUCGCAACCCCCAAAGUUCUUCUGAGGUACGCACGCGUCCUCAUCGUGACAGAAAACGGCCUCCGUGGCUCGAUGAUCUUGUUUUUGUAGUGUAGAGUGUAUUUCCGUCUUAGAAAUGCCACGGCUAGGGGCCUCGUUGUGACAUUUAGGAGACAGUCCACAUGUUUCAUUAGCACAGGUAUAAAAAAGUGCUCCUUGUUGCGGUGCAGCGAGUUUUGUGCCGUGUUCCUUGUCAGACUUUGUUUGAGUGACUGCCUGUGUUUUGGAGCCCAAGACUGGUGCACGUUUAUGUGAACUUGGGCAGGGAUGGAUUGAAUUUGUUGUGGACUUAAGUGCGUGCUUUGUGUGCGACUGGUGCGCGUGUGUGAACGUGGGGGGGAACGAACUGAAAUUGCCUUUGGACUUAAGUGCGCGUCAUGUGUGCGCGUUUCACUGUAUGCUUACUUUGUUUCCAGGGGGGGAUGAUGUAGUAUAGUGUCGCCCCCUGUCAGAUCUCUGUGUCAUCGUACAUGUAUGUUUUGUAGUUGUUUAGCUAGAUGGCGCACCCCCCUUCUGUCAUGUGACAAGCUUGGACCAAUCGGGAGGUGUCAUUUAGCGUGUGAAGCCUUUAUAAGUAAUAAACAGCCGCGGGUCGGCUGGAGUCUUUG